GCAGCGGGGAGAAGGAGCCUGGAAGCCGGGCGGCAUGAGAAGGUGACGCCGCCGGGGGGCGCGCCGCUCGCUUCGUGGGGGCCAAGAUGCUCGCCUACUGCGUGCAAGAUGCCACCGUGGUGGACGUGGAGAAGCGGAGGAACCCCUCCAAGCACUAUGUCUACAUUAUCAACGUGACCUGGUCUGACUCCACCUCGCAGACCAUCUACCGGAGGUACAGCAAGUUCUUUGACCUGCAGAUGCAGCUUCUGGAUAAGUUUCCCAUUGAAGGUGGCCAAAAGGACCCCAAGCAAAGGAUCAUCCCCUUCCUCCCAGGCAAGAUCCUCUUCCGGAGGAGCCACAUCCGGGACGUGGCUGUCAAGAGGCUGAAGCCCAUUGAUGAGUACUGCCGGGCGUUGGUCCGGUUGCCUCCCCACAUUUCACAGUGCGAUGAAGUCUUUCGGUUCUUCGAGGCCCGACCCGAGGAUGUCAACCCCCCAAAAGAAGAUUAUGGCAGUUCCAAGAGGAAAUCAGUGUGGCUGUCCAGCUGGGCUGAGUCUCCCAAGAAGGACGUGACAGGUGCCGACACCAACGCCGAGCCCAUGAUCCUGGAGCAGUACGUGGUGGUGUCCAACUAUAAGAAGCAGGAGAACUCGGAGCUGAGCCUCCAGGCUGGGGAGGUGGUAGAUGUCAUCGAGAAGAACGAGAGCGGCUGGUGGUUCGUGAGCACCUCUGAGGAGCAAGGCUGGGUCCCUGCCACCUACCUGGAGGCCCAAAAUGGCACACGGGAUGACUCGGACAUCAACACCUCCAAGACCGGGGAAGUGUCCAAGAGACGCAAAGCCCAUCUGCGGCGCCUGGAUCGCCGGUGGACCCUGGGCGGGAUGGUCAACAGGCAGCACAGCCGAGAGGAGAAGUAUAUCACUGUGCAGCCCUACACCAGCCAAAGCAAGGACGAGAUUGGCUUUGAAAAGGGCGUCACUGUGGAGGUGAUCCGGAAGAACUUGGAGGGCUGGUGGUACAUCAGAUACUUGGGCAAAGAGGGCUGGGCACCAGCAUCCUACCUGAAGAAGGCCAAAGAUGACCUACCAGCCCGGAAAGGCCCAGUGGAGAUCAUCGGGAACAUCAUGGAGAUCAGCAACCUACUGAACAAGAAGGGAUCUGGGGACAAGGAGGCCCCAGCUGAAGGUGAGGGCUCUGAAGCCCCCAUCACCAAGAAGGAAAUCAGCCUACCCAUCCUCUGUAACGCCUCCAAUGGCAACGCCCUGGGCGUCCCCGAGAGGACCACAUCCAAGCUAGCCCAGGGCUCGCCAGCUGUGGCCAGGAUUGCACCUCAGAGGGCCCAGAUCAGUUCCCCAAACCUAAGGACAAGGCCGCCCCCGCGCCGAGAAUCCAGCCUGGGGUUCCAGCUACCGAAGCCGCCAGAGCCCCCUUCUGUUGAGGUGGAGUACUACACCAUUGCUGAAUUCCAGUCAUGCAUUUCUGAUGGGAUCAGCUUCCGCGGUGGACAGAAGGCAGAGGUCAUUGAUAAGAACUCAGGCGGCUGGUGGUAUGUGCAAAUCGGGGAGAAAGAAGGCUGGGCCCCUGCCUCUUACAUCGACAAACGCAAGAAACCCAACCUGAGCCGCCGGACCAGCACGCUGACCCGGCCCAAGGUGCCUCCACCCGCACCCCCCAGCAAGCCCAAGGAGACAGAAGAAAGCCCCACAAGUGCCAACGAGAGCCAGGACUCCCCACGGAAGAUCAAGUAUGAGGAGCCCGAGUAUGACGUCCCUGCCUUUGGCUUCGACUCAGAGCCAGAGCUGUGUGAGGAACCCUCGGAGGACAGAGGCUCAGGGGAUCGGCGGCCUGCCCAGCCCCGCAGGCCCUCGCCCGCCUCCUCCCUGCAGAGGGCCCGCUUCAAGGUGGGGGAGUCUUCCGAGGACGUGGCGCUGGAAGAGGAGACCAUCUACGAGAACGAGGGCUUCAGGCCAUAUGCGGAGGAUGCGCUGUCUGGCAGAGGCUCCUCUGGGGACAGCGAUUCCCCAGGGGGAUCCUCAUUGUCCCUUGCCAGGAAAAACUCUCCCAAAUCAGGCUCCCCCAGAUCAUCCUCGCUCCUAAAGCUCAAGACAGAGAAGAAUGCCCAGGCGGAACUGGGGAAGAACCAGUCCUCGGCUUCCUUCUCCUCCUCUGUCACCAUCAACACCACUUGCUCCUCCUCCUCUUCCUCCUCUUCUUCUCUGUCCAAGAACAGUGGAGAUGUGAAGCCACGCUCUGCCUCCGAUGCAGGUGUCCGUGGCACCCCCAAGAUCGGGACCAAGAAAGAUGCCGACGUGAGAGCUGACGUGAAGACUGGCCUGGCCUCCUGUGCCCGGGCCAAGCCGUCAGUACGGCCCAAGCCGUUUCUGAACAGAGCUGAGUCGCAGAGUCAGGAGAAGAUGGACAUCAGUACCCUAAGGCGCCAGCUGAGGCCCACAGGCCAGCUCCGGGGGGGCCUCAAGGGCUCCAGGAGUGAGGACUCAGAACUACCCCCCCAGACAGCCUCCGAAGGGCCCAACGAGGGCUCCAGGAGAGGCUCAGCUGACGUCAUCUCCCUCUCGGUAACCGCUCCCCCAAGUGCCCCUAAGAAGGAGUGGGAAGGACAGGGCACCUCUUACGUGACAUGUAGUGCCUACCAGAAGGUCCAGGACUCAGAAAUUAGCUUUCCUGCUGGUGCCGAGGUGCAGGUACUAGAGAAGCUGGAAAGUGGCUGGUGGUAUGUGAGGUUUGGGGAGCUGGAGGGCUGGGCCCCUUCCCACUAUUUGAUAGCCGAGGAAAACCAGCAGCCCCAUGCCUCUGGCACGGAGCCGGACUCCGUAAAGAGCAAGCAGAACGAGGGCAAGUCAGACAGCCUGGAAAAGAUGGAGAAGCGGGUGCAAGCACUGAACACGAUGAACCAAAGCCAGAGGGUCACCCCGCCCAUCCCCUCCAAGCCCCCCGGGGGGUUCGGCAAGACCUCAGGCACCACCACGGUGAAGAUGAGGAACGGUGUGCGGCAGGUGGCGGUCAGGCCCCAGUCUGUGUUUGUGUCCCCGCCGCCCAAGGACAACAACCUAUCCUGUGCCCUGCGAAGGAACGAGUCACUCACAGCCACCGAUGGCCUCCGAGGCGUCCGCCGCAACUCCUCCUUUAGCAUUGCGCGACCCGCGGCUGCCGAGGCCAAGGGUGGCCUGGCCGAGCGGGCUGCCAGCCAAGGCUCAGAAUCGCCCCUGCUGCCCGCCCAGCGCAAGGGCAUCCCCGUGUCCCCCGUACGCCCCAAGCCCAUCGAGAAGUCUCAGUUCAUCCACAAUAACCUUAAAGACAUGUACAUCUCCAUAGCCGACUAUGAGGGGGAUGAAGAGACGGCCGGCUUCCAGGAGGGGGUGUCCAUGGAGGUGCUGGAGAGGAACCCAAACGGCUGGUGGUACUGCCAGAUCCUGGAUGAAGUGAAGCCCUUCAAGGGCUGGGUGCCCUCCAACUACCUUGAGAAGAAGAACUAACAGACGGUGUGGGUCCUUCUAGCAUCAGCGUACUACUGGGACUGCCACCAGAUGGGUGGUGGCAUUAGACAAAGGGAAGGGCAUCGGACCUUGUAGAAUGUGUGGUCUCCAGGAUGCCCACCCCACCCCCCCACAGCUGGAGGGGCGGGUAUGAUGGAGGACCACACUGAAAAGGGAAAGGAAUCAUGAGUCCUGAGCCCAGGACCCACGCCAACACCCUGGUGACUUAGCUGAUAGACUGUGUGCCACUGGGAACAGGCCGUGUGGGAAAGCCCAAUUGUGCCUUUGCUGUGUAUCUGGGGUGGGGGGAAAAAGUGUGGUCAUGGGGGCCUUCAGUGUUCUGCCCCUGGUUGGACACUCUGGUGGCUGGCUGGCUUCUUGCCUCUGGAAGUAGCCCUUGUGUUGUCCUAAUAUGUGUGAGAUUGUGCUGGGCUCCAAGGAUUCCACCACCUGCCACUGGUGGGUGUGUCGAGAGAUGGCUUUGGGGGGGGGGUCAGCGGCAGUGGCUCCCGGGAGCUCGGCCUUUCCCUGGGCCAGGCUACAGUCCAUGGCAAGUAAAGAAAAAGCAAAGACGGCUUUCUUUGCUGUCACUGUCCUGGCCUUGAGAAGGGAGCCACCUCCACCCCCCAGCCCCCACAGCUCCCAUAUCGAGCAACAGUACCUGAGUUUGUGGAAAGGGUGGGUGUGGUACCAGCCUCCUGGUGAUCUGCACAGAUUACUUGAGCAUUUCCAGGCAGGCCAUUCCUUUGCAUGCUUGGCAAAGUUAUUGGUUUAGAGUUUAUAUGUCAGGCCUUUGGUUUGGGGCUUAUUUUAGGAGUUGUUUGGGGGCCCAAAUGGCUCGGCCUCGCAUAGGAAAAAGGGGGUGGUAGUGGGUGGGUCUUUUCCGUUGUAUUCUGUGGAGGGUGUUUUGUUUGGAUUUUGGUUUCCCGUUCUUGCUCUUCCAUAAGCCAAGUUGUUUCUUUUGGUUUCCACUGUGUGGACAGUGCCAGAGUGGGCACCUUGCCAGGGGAUGGGUAAGUCCAGCCCCCCCACCCCCCGCUGCAAGAAACAGAAAGUGUUCUGGUUCCUGACCAAGGGGGAGAACAAGAUUGCUAAGAACCCAGCAUUCUAACUGGUUCUGGGCAGGCCCAAAGAAAGCCUUACUGUGGAGAAGCAGUCAAUGCCACUGCCUACCUGGGGUAGAGGGAACCCUGGCUGGGCUUCCAGGGCCAGCCUGAGUAGACACCAUGCACUGCCCCUCUUAGCUUGUUGGCAAUGCCACGGAUGUCAAAGAUGAUGUAGCCAGGAACCGGCCUGAUCUUCCCAAGGGGCCGUGUCUCCCAAGGAAGAGAGAAAGGGGCAAAUGAAGUUCCCCACAAGCCCUCGGUUAGCUUCAGAUUGUGCGAUGAUGCGAUGGUUAUUUCAGAAAGGACCCUGCAGAAAGAAAGCCAGCCGCUUCUCCACAGACUCCUUUUGUGCUGGGCAAAGAAUUAAUCCCACAUGUGCCUUUGAUUUUGGACACAUCAGGCCUCACUGAGUGGUCAGCAUUGAUGGACCAAGGGCUGCUAGUUCAGACCCAGGAGGAAGGGCUCCCCGACCCCUUCCUCCCAGGCAGGUGAGCCAGGACCCAGGUCUUUAACCCCUGCCCCAGCCUCCCUGGUCCCCAAGCCCUUGUCCCUCCCACAUGUGGGGCACCUGGCAACCGUAGCAAACCAAACCACUUGCCUCCUGUGUCCACAGUGCAUGGCAACGUCGUUCCUUUUCCUUUUCUGUGUUCAUGAGUUUGUUUAAAAUUGAAAUUAGCUAUUUUCUUCUGCUGGACAGUAUUAAAUAGAGCAGGAUGUUGUGUUAAUCUGCUAGAUUGCAGUACUAAUGGUAGUGGUUUAGUGUCUUCAUAUUAAUAUUAUUUGUACUUAUUUGAACAAUAAUGAUAAAGAAGUGGUUCAUUAUUUUUUAAAUAGUGCACUUUAAAUGAGGUGAGAUGGAAAGAAACCCAGAGCAAAGUGCAUUACUUAAAGAUGCAGUAUAUACUCUUCUCAUUUUUAAACAGCACAUAUUUAUUAAAAGAAGAAAAAAGUAAUUUAUGAUUAUUUAAAAUAAAAUUUUAAAGCAGAGUGACUUUUGGGUAAAAGGACCUUCCACACAGCUGUCUGCCUGGGGCCCGCCCCACAGCUUCUCCCUUCCCCCAUACGUCAGCCCUGAGCUAGUUUGGUCAUGAGUCCACUGCCCGGGCAGGAGGGGGGUGCAGGGCGGCUGCCAAGUGCAGAGCAUCUCAUUUGGACCGGACCACCGAGAUCCCCAGCUUGCCUCCCCCCGCCCUGCCAGGCUCUGUGCACCCACGUGCCCCCUGCCCCCACUCCAGGCACCCUCCCUCUCUGCUUCCCAGUGCUCUGAAGCCAGAGAUUCCUUAAAAGGCAGGACUGGAAGGUACCUUGGUGGUCACUUCAUCCCAUCCCUCCGUUACUUCAGCCCGAGGACAGGGAAUGACGUUCCCCAUGUCACACAGCUAGUUCAUGACAGGUUCCCCCAGUGCAUUGAUCUUGUGUCCCUCCCCGCCCACCCGGUUAUAGUUUAUUGUGUGGUCAUCUUGUUUACAUUGUGACAUCCAGCCCCAGGGAUGGCUGGGAGUUGCUCAGGCAUCUGGGAAACGUGGGAACUGCUGCCACCUGGCGACAGCACAUACCUUUGGGCAGUGCACGAGGGUCCCCAUGCCCAUCCUCAUACUGCCCCCUCACCACCAACCCUUGACCCAGCACAGCGCAAACCCGAAUAGUAAUACUUGAAGCAAGAAGGUGCAUGCCAGUCCUCCUGUCGUGGCCAGGGGAUGCCAGGCCUCCUAGCCCUUGCCCACAUCAAGAGGGCCUUUUCCUAGAGCUACUGAGCUGCUUUGUGAUGUUGGAGGGUGCUGCAGGCAGCAGCAGAGGAGGGGAGGGCCUGGGGCUCUGACCCAUCUGGAGGAAAUCCAGAUUAAACUAAAAGGAGAGAGAGAGGGGAAAAAAAAAAAUCUCAGCAAUGUCCAAACCUAGCGUUCCAUUCGUUCCAAUUGAAAAUGUGAAUGACGUAUUGCUGUAUACUGCAACUUUAAUCAUAAUGAGCCCUUCUGCGGUCAUUAUUGAGGUUUAUAUAAUGCCCGAAGAUGCAAUGUUUGGUGCUUUUUUUUUUCUUUCAGUUUAAAGAUCUUUUCUUUUAAUACGAGGGGGGCGGGCCAUGUCACCUCUCUCCCGCCUUGUUCCUCGUCCCUAGCAGGCCUGACUUUGUUGCCUGGCUCUUCUGUGUUCCUCUUCCCACAAGGCCUAGGGGGCAACCAGAGGGAGCUGCCUGGGCUGCCUUCCGCAGCAGGUGCCGAGCGCCCGCCCGGAGAGCUCUCUACCGGUGAUGGCACCUGGGAUCUGUUGGCCAUCCACCCUCAGCCUGGCCCCAAGGGUUUCUCUUGCUCUUCACCUCCAUCCUCCUUUUGGACGAAGGCAUUAUAUAGAAUCAUUGUAAUCACUUUCAGAUGUUAGAGCAGUGUGUUUUACUGGCAUUUCUAUCCAUUGCUUUCCUCAGCAAGGCAUGUUACUUUAAAAAAAAAAAAAGACAAGGGAAUUUUGGUCAAACAUUAUUUUCAUAUGACUAGUACUUGCAGGGUAGAUGUAGAACUAUUUAAGUUUAGACCUUGGUUUGGUAGUGGUUGUUUUUUGUAUGUGUGUGUGGGGGAGGGAGGACAAGAAAGUAACCCCUACUUUUCCUGUUUUUGUAUUUAACUAAUAUAUAAUUUCUUUAAGGUUACUUACUGCCCCUACUCCCUCCAAAUACUUUGCAUUCUCAAUGGAAAAUGAAAACAACCUAAGACAGGAAAAGUGCAAUAUUACCAAGAUGGUUAAGAGCUGCCUCUCUGGGCCAGUCUGCAGAAAGCAGGAGGAGCUGCCACCGUGGGGCACGUGGGUGGGCUGAGGGUUUGAUCUCUCAGUCCCCUCCCCCAUCCUUCCCCCUUCCCUGGCAAGAUGACAAGGGUGGCCACCAGAGGGCAGCCCUUUCCUCUCCUGAGUGUUAUCCACCCACAAGAAAAGGAAUUCUGGGAAGUGGCGCGGGGCUCUUGACCUCCUGGGCCAAGCCCUGAGGCAGUGAGGAAGGAGGACAGUUUAGGAACCUCUCCUUGUUUUCAUUUCCAUUGUUUUGCAGCCAGCUGCUCACAGACCUAAAAACAGUUUUCCAGCAGCCCUCUCGCCCCAGGCUCCCCACGUGUGGGCUAUGAUGCUUUGGAUGUGUGUUUGAGUCUAAAACUACGGAACCUCAGUUUAUCUUACCGGCAGGAACCCUAAAUGUAACCAAACCCAUUUGGAAGGUGUGGGUGCCUCAAGCCCUUCAUACCCAAGCAAGACCCAAUUCCUAUAGGGCCUGCAGCGGGCCUGGGGCUGAGCCCCAGCCAGCCAUUCAUCUCAGUGACUUGGGCCUGAGCCCUGAGCCCCGCCACUGCAGGCAGAGCCCCCAAGACAGGUACACGAGGGCAUCCUUCCUCCCUGUAUCAGAGGAGGGCGCAGGGUGGGCACUUAGAGCUCAGCCCCUCAGGGCAGCAGGCAGGUUUGCCCCUUCCACCUUCAGUACUGUAUGCCUGCUGCUCCAACCCACCUUCCGGUGACUCUGCACACAUGCGGAUCCCGGCCCAGAGGGCCUCGGGCCCCCUGCAUGGGUCUCUCCCCUGGAGCAGAGAAAGCCACAUUUUGAUCUUUGAGAAUCUUGUAGAGCUUUCUGCAAAGAGAACAAUCCACAUUGCUAAAGAAUUAAGAUUCCCUCACUUUUUUUGAGGGCUGUAUUGAGUGUGUGUGUGUGUAUGUGUGUGUGUGUGUGUGUGUUGGUAAUUUCCACAUCCAUGGAAAUUAUGCACGCGUGUGAGACUGUUGGUAAUUUCCCACCUGAACUAAACAACACGGGGUUAGAGAAAAUAAACACCGGGCAAGCGGUCUCCAUUGAACUAGUCUUUGGCAUUGGGCAGGUCCCAAGGGACUCGAAGCUUCUGGCAGUGUGUGUGUAAACGUGUGUGUGCGUCAUUCCCACACACACACAGUUCUGGCUGGAGAGUGCAAUGUGUCUUACUUUAUCUAGUAAUUAUUUUAUUAUUUAGUUGGAAACUUCACACUGGCAUUAACAGAUCUAGCAGAAAGCAGCCUAGGCCGUCAUUCUGGGCACCAAGUUAAAAGAUGUUGGAUGGGAAAGUACCAGUACCAGGAUGGUUAAGUUGGGUCACUCACCUGCAGACAUGUCUAUCACCUGGCAGGCUGCUCCCAAGCCCUCAUCUUACAUGUCACAAUGAAAAUUCCCUUGAGAUCAAAGAGCUGCUGGCCUUAGGUUUGUGACUGAGGGAGAGGCAGACUGGGCAAGGGAAGAACUGGUUCAUGAUAUGCCCGAAGGACCAGUGAGUACGUGUGCAGCCACGCCUCCCAUGGCCGCCACAGGCCUGCGUGCUUCGUGGUUACUGUGCCCUUAGGGCCUCUCUGAACUUUUUAGCUAAAUCUCCUGUUUGGGACAGUAUCAUGUCUCUGUGGGUACCAAGUCCUACGGUCAGAGCCAGUGAGAGGACAGGAUCAGCAGCUGCGAUAGCCUUAGCACGGAUUUUAACCUCCCUUCUGCUGUGACCUGUGCACCUAGGUCACCAGGUCACAAGGUGGGCACACUGAUGUUUGCAGACUGGGUGGAGGGCUCUACCUUCCAAAACCUAAUGUGAGUUCACCUGCAAGGAUGGCAUUAGCAGGCCACUUCCUAACUUAAAUCUUGAGUUUGAUACCUUGACAAAAAUGUACCCUAUCCCUUCGAGUAGGGUCCCCUGUGCUGAAGGUCCUGCCUUAUUCCCAGGCCCAUCCUGGCCAAUGGGCUGGGCCUUAGGAGAUGUGAGAAUUGUUUUUAUUGCAGAAAGAGGAUGGAUUGAGCAUGUUGGAGGCCAGGGAGAGGCAUGUUGGCAAGUUGAAUGUGGACGUUUGGGGCUUACAGUCCCUGUACUAGGAAGAGGCUCCCAGAAGAGGAUGCCUCUAAGGCAGAGAAGGUGUGGGAAGGCUGAAAGAAGGUUUAGAAUUGAGCUUUGUCCUCACUAAUGGUAAAAAAGAAGAAGUCCAUUCUGAGCGUUUCAGGAGGAAGAGAACUGGUUCAGGAAUUUUGUUUCACCAGCCAUACUGGGGGUUGGCCAGAGAAAACUGUCAUUCUAGGCCUCCAUGAAUUACCAUUGAUUUACUUAGCCAGCCUGUCAAACUAUGAACAGUGGCCAUGAUGGGCCAUACAGUAGGGACCCACCAUCCCCAAAUGAGAAGUUGGGGUUCAUUAAGACUCCACCAGGCCUAUCUGGAAGGAAGGCGACCUCACUGGUCCUUCUGUUGCUAACCAGUUAUUCCCAAGGCCCUCUAAUGCAACUGACAGCAGUUCCCUUUACUGAGUCUGACUCCCGCAACCCUGCGUAAGCUCUUCCAUAUGUUAGUGGCUUCUACGAAGGCCCACUGCUCUUGGAUUUACUUCAAAGGGAAGAUAGCCACUAUUCUUGAAUAUAUAACUUGUCCCCUGCAAAAGAUAACUCCUUCAAUUCAGGACACAGGAUGAGGAUUGGGUAUCCCUGCCGCUUCCUGAGAUGUCUGCAGGAAGGUGGCUUCCAAGGCAGAUGUGUGACUAUCCCUGUAGCAUAUGUGACUGCAGAGUGGGGAGUUGGUGGAUAUCACUGGGGCUCCAGCCAUGCAGGAACUUCGUUGCAGUGUCCACUGUCCCCUGGAUAGGUUCCUGCUCCAAGUCCUUCCCUCCCACCAGGAAAACAGAGGCAAGGACAUAAGGGCAGCACAGUCCGGGUGAGUGCUGAAAUGCCUCCACGAUCAUUGGUGGUGCUAAACUCUCAAUUUCUAAUAGUGGAUUCUUGUUUUAAUCUCAUCACGGGCACGCAGUGUCCCUGGGGAGGGAUCCAGUCCCCUUGACCUGCCACUUUCCAGGUGCCCUUUAUCACUUUGACGGGACUCUCAUUUGGUCUGCAGAAAUGUUCUGUCUUGGCAUGCUUCUAGACUGUAAGAUUUGAGUUGUUUUGUUUCAUAUUUUAUGUUUACAUGCAUCUUGUAUUUCUCUAAAAACUAUAAUAAAGUUUUUGACCUUUUUAA